AUGUCGGACCAUAGUAUAUCAGACCAGAGGGGUCCACCUCCGGACCCUCGCCAAGCGAUCAGGAGGGUGCAUCAGCAACCCCGGACUGGUGUGACAGAUGCAACCAGGGGAUCAUAUCAGCAGCCUCGGACUGGUAUGAUACAUGCGACCAGAGGAAAAACAAUAUCAAGAAGAACAUUUAACAUCUGCACCUACAAUCCACGAACGAUCAACGACCUUAACAACCACUCCUUAGAUACAAUGCUCCAUGAACUCAACAACAUAAAGUGGGACAUUGUCGGAUUCUCAGAAACAAACGUUAAAGAAAGCAAGAUUGAAAUCCACGAAACAACCGGCCACAAACUGUUCUUCUCUUGCAAUGAGAUUUCACGAUCAAACGGCGUUGGCUUUCUUAUAAAAAAAACAUGUCUUCCUUUAAUAGAAGACUAUAGAACAACUUCUGACAGACUUGCUCUCCUAAGCCUGAAAGGAAAAUUUUCAAGACUAGUCUUCAUACAGUGCUAUUUUCCAACGUCAUCUCACCCAGACGAAGAAAUCCUAGAACUCUAUGAUAAUUUUCAAUCUAUUGUCAACGACAUCCCGAAGAAAGACCACCUUUUCAUCAUGGGGGACUUCAACUGUAAACUAGGUCAACUUCACAAUACCUUCCCAUCAGCAAUUGGCAAACAUACCCCAAGUAUUGUGAAUAACAGAGGAGAACUCCUUGCCCAAUUCUGUGUGAAAAAUAAUCUUCUAGUCACCAAUACCAUGUUUCAAAAGAAAAAGCUACUUACUUGGACCUCACCUGAUGGCAAGACCAGGAAUCAAAUAGACUUCAUCCUCUCACGAAAACCAUCAGUGAGACUAAAUGUACUAGACAGUUGCGCAUUAAAUACCCCCGACAUAUCAGACCAUCGCAAGAUACUCGCAAAAAUCAGAUUGAGCUUCUCCUGGCCACAAAGGAAAAAGCCUGUUCCAAAACUUGACAUAGAACAACUCAAACACCCAAAAAUAGCUGCACAAUUCCAGAUAGCCUUGCAGAACCGUUUUGCUGGUCUUAAAUCAGAAACCGACUCGGAAACCAUAUACAACACAAUAUGUAACGGUGUAAAUGAUGCCUCGAAGGAAACACUCCCAAGGAACACUGACCCCGUUCCAGAAUGGAUGUCACAGCAAACAAAACUAGCAAUCUCCAACAAACACAAAAUUAGAAAAGAGCAUGGCUCGUCAUCUAUGCAAUAUGAGAUCGCUAAAGCUGAAUCCAAUAAACUCUUGAAAAAGGACCAAUUAAAUCAUAUUGAGUGUAGUAUUGAAAAACUCAAUAACCUUCCACCAAAUAAGAUGUAUCAUGCCGCAUUGAAAAAGCUCAAACCCAAACCUAAAAACAGAAGUUGGGGGUAUCAAAGACAGUAA